GUGGUGCUCCAGUAAGCUCUCUCCCAAUUCACUCACCACGCCCGCUCCCCACCACAAACACCUGUCUCAUUGUCGAGUCGACGUCACGUCGCCUGCCUCCCACAUCACCCUCACAUCACGCUGUAUAAAGCGCCUCAACCACCCGGCCACCACUUUCACGUGCAGCCCAUCGCUCUCUCUGCGAAUUUGGUCGCUCCCCCACUGGCACGUGUUUGCUCAAAAUGGACGCCUUGUCCGGCAAGAAUUCGACAGGUCGCAGAGUGUCAUUGCUAAACGACGGCCCGGCGCCUCCUCCUCAACUUGUCCGACUCCCCUCCAUCACUCCUUCUCUCCAAUCCCGGACCUCGAGUUACUCCUCCUCACCUCUUCCUUCACCUCCACGCCUGGUCCGCAGCGAUUCUUCCGACUCGACCAUGCAGACGCCUUCGCCCAUCACGCCUGACUUCUCCUACGAGCCCGGCAUGGACUCGCCUGUCUUCGCGCAAAAUGGCUUCUUCGUCGACCAGAAGUUCGGCGUCCCCAUGCAUCAAUCAUCCGGUCCUCUUCCUUACCACACCAACCCUGCCCAGGCUGCCUACUUCAGGCCGGAACACAUGUCUGAGCACCCUGAUCAAGCGGCGCUGAACGCCCGCCCCAAGAAGAACAGCUACCCGUGCCCCAUGGCCAAGCAGUUCGGCUGCAACGACUUCUUCACCACCUCUGGCCACGCCGCUCGUCACGCCAAGAAGCACACCGGCAAGAAGGACGCCUUCUGCCCCGAGUGCAACAAGGCCUUCACACGCAAGGACAACAUGGAGCAACAUCGCCGCACCCACCAAAGCGGCCGCAACGCAGCCAAGGGCGGCGAACGCGACGUCAAGAAGGCAAAACACCAGGCUAAGCGACCCAAACCGGCACCCCUGCAGUCGUCGACGAUGCCUUCUUUGUCACAGCUUUCCAUGGUCGACCCGUCGCUUCCCCUCAGCCCGUCCGGGUUUUCCAUGGCCCCCGCUGUUCAGUCCACCGACUCCUUCCUUGAGUUCCCGCAAAGCUCUCGGUACCCCGACCCGACUGCUUACAGCUACAACCCCGCUCCCGCUCAGUAUGGUGGUCUUGACGCACUUGCCAUCGCAGCGAGUGGUGAAAAGCGCAAGUUUGAGUCAUAGUCGCUCAUCUCAUCUCUCCUUCACCGUUCAUCUGAUCACAUCUCUGAUCAUC